GUCCUCAGAGGUAAUGUUGUGUUGAAACAUAUUCAAUCUGUUUCAUCUGCGCGAAUUCUCGCUUUAUGCCGCUCCUAGGGUGCCGUCCUCAAAUAAAUUAAAGGCAAAAUGGUGCGCAUGAACGUCUUGGCCGACGCUCUCAAGUCGAUCAACAAUGCCGAAAAGCGGGGCAAGCGCCAGGUGCUCAUCCGGCCCUGCUCCAAAGUCAUCAUCAAAUUCCUCACAGUCAUGAUGAAGCACGGCUACAUUGGGGAGUUCGAGAUCGUCGAUGAUCACCGUGCAGGCAAGAUUGUCGUCUUCCUCAAUGGCCGGCUCAACAAGUGCGGCGUCAUCAGCCCCCGCUUUGACGUCCAGCUGAAGGACACAGAGACGUGGAUGCGCAACCUGCUGCCAUCCCGACAGUUUGGUUACAUUGUGCUGACCACGUCUGGUGGAAUCAUGGACCACGAGGAAGCAAGGAGAAAACAUCUGGGAGGCAAAAUUUUGGGCUUCUUCUUCUGAGAAUAAACACAACAGAUUGGCACAUUGCCCCAUCA